AUGUUCACGCAAAAGCAGAGCUACUUCUCCCGGCUAGCGAAGUCCUAUCCGAUUCUAAAGCUCGUUGAUAUAUACGAUCGUCAGUCGUUCAUACGCGCGUACGUGUUGGACAACUUGUACAUCUGCAUACUGAUGCACGCAUUCUUCUACUUGGCUCUGUGGUGCACCACUACGGUGAUUAAGAAGAUGGAGAGGUCGAAUAAGGAGAUGCUGAAGAUCGUGGAGGAUAAUAGAACGAAACUGGACGACGUAAUGGCGAUGAAGGACAAGAAAGAGGAGUACGACGAGAUGGUGGUGAAAGUGAAAGAAACGCAAAAGUUGACGUCUGAAGAGAUAGAUAACCAAAUGCAGCGGCUGAGCUCAGAACUAAUCACCGCGGCGGACAAACUAUCGGAGCUAGAACGAAUCCUGGAGAAAUUCGUGUCCAGCGGGAAAACGCGCGAGAAUUCUGCGUGCGACGUCUCUGACGGACAAAGGUUCCGCGCGAAGGAGAACCACGAAGGACGGACGAACUCGUUCGAGGAUCUCAAGAUACUCGAGCCGUCCUUCCCGCCGCCUCAACCACCGGAGCCUCCACCCAGGAAGUAUGGGAUCUUUGUCAGUCGACCUCCUGGCCAACGUCGUCCAUCUCCCGCGGCUGCAGCUGCAUCCCCAAAAAUCGGAUUCAAGUAA